AUAUAAUAUAAACAGGAAACAGAAAAAACAGAGAAGAAGAGAGAGACCGACAAGCCAAAAAAAAACACUCCCAAGAGUUGCUUUUGCUCUGCAACAAUGGCUGAGCAUGAGAGCCCAGAGGUUAUGCCAAGGGUUAUAAGCUUUCUCUCUUGUCUUCUCGAACGAGUAGCCGAGUCCAACGACCUGAACCGCCGGUUCGAGCCCAACAAGAUCUCUGUUUUCCAUGGCUUAACAAGACCAACCAUUUCAUUGGAAAGCUAUCUCCAGAGGAUCUUCAAGUACGCCAAUUGUAGCUCUUCUUGCUUCGUCGUUGCUUAUGUUUACCUCGACCGCUUUACUCAGAGACAGCCUUUGCUUCCCAUUACUUCUUUCAAUGUUCAUCGUUUGCUCAUUACCAGCGUUUUGGUCUCUGCAAAGUUCAUGGACGAUAAAUAUUACAACAAUGCCUACUAUGCUAAAGUAGGAGGAAUAAGCACAACAGAAAUGAAUCUACUAGAGGUGGAUUUCUUAUUUGGAUUAAGCUUCGAAUUAAAUGUGACGCCCUCAACAUUCCACACCUACUGUUCUUAUCUGCAAAAAGAAAUGAUGCUCCAACUUCCACUAAAUGUGCCUGCUAGGCCUCUUAAACUCCAUUACUGCUUCAAUGAAGAUGAAUCUGCCCAUCAAAAACAGUUGGCUGCUGUUUAAAUGGUUUUUGGUACAUUAGAUGGAGUCUGAAUCCUCUAUUAGACUUUUUCAUCAGCAUUAGUUGUAUGGGUAACAAAUAGCAGAGUCAAAAACUUCUCUCUUGACUUACUUUUAAAGCCAAUGCAAGCUUGACAUGUGGCCCCAGCUUGAUUUUUCUUGGUAUCCCCACAUUAAUUUUUUUUUCCCAAUGUACUAUGUUUUUUUUUUUUUUUUUUUAAAAUAUUUUGUUGAAAUGGUUAUGUAUAUUUUGGAACAUCGAAGUUGGUGGUGGUGUUAUGUACAGAUGGAGAAAUUGGCUUUACAGUCUGGCUAUUGGCUAAAA